AUGGCGAACAGAGGGCCCAGUUAUGGACUGAGCAAAGAAGUGCAAGAGAAAAUCGACCAGAAGUACGAUCCGGAUCUCGAGCAAAAACUGGUGGAUUGGAUCAUGGCUCAGUGUGGGGGGGACUUGGACAAGCCACAGCCGGGCAGACUGAACUUCCAACAGUGGCUGAUGGAUGGAACAAUCCUGUGCAGAGUCAUCAACAGCCUUUAUCCAAGAGGGAGUGAGCCUAUCAAAAAGAUCCCAGAGACGCAGAUGGCCUUCAAACAAAUGGAGAAAAUAUCCCAGUUCCUGCAGGCAGCUGAAGCGUACGGUGUGACCACAACAGACAUCUUUCAAACUGUGGAUCUAUGGGAAGGAAAGGAUCUGGCUGCAGUGCAAAGGACACUGAUGGCCCUUGGGAGUUUGGCUGUGACCAAAGAUGAUGGACAAUACAAAGGAGAUCACGACUGGUUUCACAAGAAAUCUCAAGGCAACAAGCGGGAGUUCACGGAGGAGCAGCUUCGUCAGGGACAGAGCUUGAUCGGACUGCAGAUGGGGAGCAACCGUGGCGCUUCUCAGUCUGCAACCACAAGUGUUGCACAAGAAGAAACGCAGAGUAAAGGCUGUAUUUGUGGAUAUCCCGGGAUACCAGGAGACCCAGGGCACAAUGGGAUGCCCGGAAGAGACGGCCGGGAUGGACUCACAGGCGUGAAAGGAGACCGAGGGAUCGAUGGCCAGAAAGGCGACAAAGGAGACACUGGGGCAGUCGGUCCAGCUGGGCUCAAAGGUAAAAGAGGAGACAAUGGAGAAAGAGGGCCUCCGGGAAAAAUGGGCCCCCAGGGGGUCCAGGGGCCUAUGGGCCUUAAAGGAGACCAGGGGGAGAUUGGACUGCUUGGGCCACCGGGUCCUACCGGGGCCCUGGGAGCCCCAGGACCAGAGGGUCCCAAAGGAGAGAUUGGGCUGAGGGGGGACCGUGGCAUUCAGGGCCCCCUGGGCCCUCCUGGUCGUCCUGGGCCCAAAGGGGAAAUUGGGGUUCCUGGACACAAAGGCAACAUUGGCUAUCGUGGGGAGAGAGGAUCACGGGGAGAUAGGGGUGAUAAGGGUGAAAAAGGAGACGCAUUUGCCAUCUUUAAAAGUGCCUUUUCUGUGGGACUCUCUGCUCAAACUAAACUCCCAGCCGUCAAUGCACCCAUCCGGUUUGACAAGAUUAUUUACAAUGUACAGAGUCACUAUGACCCACAGACGGGGAGAUUCUCAUGCUCUGUCAGAGGAGCAUACUACUUCACCUACCACAUCACUGUUUACUCCAGGAAUGUGAAAGUGGCUCUUGUGAAGAAUGGGGCUAAGAUCAUCCAUACAACGGAUAACUACCAGAGCAGCGAGGACCAGGCAGCAGGUGGCGCUGUGCUGCACUUAGAGGCCGGGGAUAAGGUGUGGCUGCAGGUGGCUGGAGGGGAACUCUUCAAUGGGCUAUUUGCUGAUGAAGACGAUGACACAACUUUCUCUGGGUUCUUGAUUUUUGCAGAUGAAUAA